GCGUUCUAUUAUUUUGUUCUUCUGCGGCUUCCGUACUUCGCUAAUAUACAUACUAAAAGUGCUUUGUGUUUUACUAGACACUACGGUGCCGGAUAUCGCGUCAAGUUUAGCUUACUGUGAACGAUUAUAGAUGGUGUGUGUUCGGGAUGGCUAAUGACAGACUGAGAGCGUUAGAAGAGGUGGAGAAGGAGAUUGCUUUAGUUUUGCAGAGCGCAGGAACGAUCGUGCUGGAGCUUUCUAAAGAGAAGGCCAAUGCCAGUUUAUUAGACCGACAGCUGAACCAGUUUCAGACCUCCAUCAACAGAGUUGAGAGUGAACUGAGUGCACAGAUCCGAUAUCUGACACAGGUGGCAACAGGUCAGCCUCAUGAGGGAUCGACGUACUCGGCCAGAAAGGACUGUCAGAUGGCCUUAAACCGUGCAGAAUAUGCCCGUGUCAAACUGGGAGAACUGGGACGCACCUGUGAGAUAAUGCUUGAUCCGCAGACAUAAAGGCAUUAAAUGGACUAUUUCUUUGUAAUAUCUUCCAGCCAGCUUCAUACGUAUCUACAUACAUCAGAAUACCAUCUACAAGACAACACUUUUUAUUCUUAAUAAUUUAAGAAUUUUCUUUGAAAAACCCAGUGAUUUGCUCAGAAUAUCUUUCUUUGUUAUAUUGAGAAAUGUUACGUUUUCUUAUUUUCUGUUAUUGCUUUUUUAAUACUUACGACAAAAGAACAAUAAAAUAUUUUUUUCACUAGUA